UGUGUUUUUUGUAAAAAUUAAAGGGUAAAAUAAGUUAGGUAAAGGAGUACUGACAGUAAACAGCUGAUCGGCGGUGUCGAGUCACGCUCUUGACAGGUAGCAUAGGGCCUUUUGAAGGGUGGGGAAACUUAUGGCGGCUCAAGGUGGAUCUCAGGCCGCAGGUGCGAUGGAGGAGGACCCGCACACGGUCACCCACUUGCUGAAUGAGCUUGAAGGACCGGAUACGAGUCGUGUGGCUUUGGUGAUAAGGACCAUAUACGAUGGCGACGAGCAUGGGAAAUUCAUGGAACGCCUGGAUACACGAAUUCGGAACCAUGACAGAGACAUCGAGAGAAUGUGUAAUCACCAUUACCAAGGAUUUAUUGACUCCAUCAGGGAACUUCUACAAGUUAGGUCACAAGCACAUAAACUCAAGACGGAAGUGGUCAGAAUUGAUGAGGAGGUUCAAGAAUCGGCAAAGCAGCUAAUGACUAAAAGUGAGGAAUUGGUCAAGACCCGGAAAGUCCAGUCAAAUAUCUGUGCUGCCAUAGAUGCUCUUACACUCUGCCUGCCUGUCCUAACCACAUAUUCCAAGCUACAGAAACAGAUGCAGGAGAAAAGAUAUUAUCCUGCACUGAAAACUCUAGAGCAGCUUGAACACACAUAUUUACCUCGUGUUGCAAGUUAUCGCUUUGCCCAGCAAAUGCGUGACAACAUCCCUCGAGUUCGUGAAGACAUCAAACAGGCAUCUAUGUCAGAUAUUAAAGAUUUCCUGGAGGCAAUUAGACGGGUGUCAGCACGAAUUGGUCAGGUUGCCAUGAAGCAUGCUGCUCUUCAGUACAAUAUGGACCCAAAUCUAGCAAUGACAAGAUCCAAGAGGCAUGCACCACUGCCUCCAAAUCCAUUCACAGGAGAGACUUAUGAAGCUCAGUCAGAAGCCCAGAGUGAUGAAGAAGAAGAGCUAUGUGCCCAGGACCUAAUCAAUUUUGCUCCUGUGUACCGCUGUCUUCACAUUUACACAGUGCUAGGAGCCCGGGAGCAGUUUGAGACUUAUUACAGGCAGCAGCGGAGAGAGCAAGCCAGGCUAGCUUUGCAGCCACCAACUAACAUGCAUGAAAAUUUAGAAGGCUAUCGACAGUACCUGUAUGGUGUUGUGGGAUUCUUUGUGAUAGAGGACCACGUUCUGAACACUGGCAAUGGACUGGUCACACGACCGUAUCUGGAUGAGGUUUGGGACAUGGCAUCAGGAAAGGUUGUGAACAACAUCCGCAACCAUUCCUCGUACUGCACUGAUACCCAUCUUAUGCUCAACAUCAAGAACCUUAUUAUGUUGUUUGCCCAUACUUUACAGAACUAUGGGUACACUGUGAAUCCACUACAUGAGCUGUUACUAGAAGUUAAAGAUCACUAUAAUGAAGUUUUGAUGCAGAAGUGGGUACAGGUAUUUCGGGAAAUAUUUGAUGAAGACAACUAUCAUCCAAUUCAAGUUGAAACCCCAGAGGAGUAUCAUCGUAUUACUGAGGUCUUCCCAUACCAUGACCUAGCACUGGAGCAGUCUUCAUUCCCUAAACGAUUCCCCUUCAGUUUAAUGGUUCCAAAGGUGUACCGACAGGUCAAAAAUUACGUUGCAGCUUGUCUAGAGUUCUCAGAAGAUCUGAAUUUAAGUCAAACAGAGAAGGAGGAUAUGGUACGGAAAUCAACCAACCUCCUGCUGACCCGCACUUUGAGUGGCUGUUUAGCAACAUUAAUCAAGAGACCUGGAUUGGGACUCUUACAGCUCAUUCAGAUAACCAUCAACACACUACAUUUAGAACAUGCUAAUGUCCUUUUGGAACAUUAUGUGGCAAAGUUGACAGGGAGCAUAGAGGACAGCAGCACUCCUGGCCUAGGUAGACUUCAGGGCAAAGCUAUGUUUAAAGACAUUAGAGGAGAAGCUGAGGAACAAAUUUACACAGCUCUUAGACUGAAGCUAGAUGAAUUCUUGGAUCUGGCUGCCUAUGAUUGGAUGUUGGCAGAACCCCAGGGAACUUCAUCAUCCUACGUCACUGAUCUCAUAGCUUUCCUUAACUCGACUUUCACAGCAUUCACCAAUUUGCCAGUGCGUGUAGCACAGACGGCUUGCAUGUCAGCUUGUCAGCAUGUGGCAAAAUCACUGAUGUCCAUGUUGCUGAGUGAGGAUGUAAAGCAGAUGUCCCUUGCAGCGCUGGAGCAAGUAAACCUUGAUGUCAUCCAGUGUGAACAAUUUGCUGCAUUUGAGCCAGUGGAAGGAUUUGAGGAAGGAGCUCUUCUGAUGUGCUUUGCUGAUCUUCGGCAAUUAUUAGACCUUUUUAUGACCGAGGACUGGUCUACAUAUUUUCAUGAUUAUGGGUCGGAGAACUCCAAGUACCUUCGAGUCAAUCCUCAUAAUGCCAUCAUCAUUGUAGAAAAAUUGCGCGAGGGAGAAAAGCGUGGCAUGUUCUCCAUACUCAAGAGAAGUGACAAGAAGAAGCUUCUGGAAACUGUCCUGAAGCAGCUUAGACAGCUGACCCAGCAACAGCACACCACUUGAGCCUCCUAUGUGUAGGUUAUUGAAAAUAUGUCUCAAAAAAAGGCUACUUAAAUUUCCUAUGUUAAACACAAUAGGUCUCCAACAAUGUUAUGUAAAUAUGUAUCUGUAUUUAAUAUGGAAUGAUGCUGUAUCUAAAGUGGAAUGAUGCUAACUUCUGUUUUUUUGUUAAUCCCAUAUUAGAAGAAGAAAGGUGUGGUCUUCUAUUUAAUUAGAUGCCCAGAGCCUGCCAGAUUUUGGGAUAUUAAAACAUAUUGGUUAUUCUUCUUCUCUGAAACAUAAUUUUGCCUCUUAGAGAGGGAUCCACACAUGACAGUUACUGUUCUGAGAUUUAUCAAACACCUCAUUAAGGAAAAGAAUUUUGAUUUGUAUAUAUGAUUGGGUUUAUCCAAUUGUUGUGUAUUUUAUUAUGUCCAUGGUAUAUAAAGUACCUGCAUGAAGGUACAACUUGUGUAGCUAUAUUAUUAUUAUUAUUUUUAUUAUUAUUAUUAUUUCUUUAUAUGCAUUUGUUGAAAAUUGUAUAAUUAUUUAUAUUAGAAAGAAAUACAAAGUUUACUUAUGAUUUUGAUAUUCACUGAGGUUUAUAAUAUAUGACUUUUUAAGCUUGA